AUGUCACUAAAGCUCAUCUGCUUCUUCUUCUGCGCCCUGAUUGCAUCAAAUCUCACAGGUGAAAAAGCUUUGCUGACAGCACCGCAGAACAUCUCCAUUCUUUCUACCAACAUGAAACACUUCUUAACUUGGAGUCCUGUGAUCAUCCAGGGAGAAACUGUGAGAUACUCAGUUGAGUUUCAAGGGGAGUACGAGCGAGUGUACACCAACGAGAGCUGGAUCCCCAUCUCCGAGUGCUCCCUCAUCACAGCCACGCUGUGUAACAUCACAGAGGACAUCUCAGCCACCGUGGCCUAUAACCUGAGGGUGAGGGCAGCUCUUGGUGCCAGGAGGUCAGAGUGGGGCACCCUGAAAGGCUUCUUCAAUCGCAACACCACUUCCCUGACCCCCCCUGUGAUGAAGGUCAUAGCAGAUGGGUAUCAUUUACUAGUGGAGCUGGAAGAGAUGGGGCCUGCCUUUCAGUUCUGUGUUCUCUACUGGAAGAAGGGCCAGGAGAGGAGGAUGCAGCAGAAGCUGGUGAAAGAAGUCAGGUCUGUGGUUCACCUGGACACCAUGGAGGCAGGAGCUGAGUACUGUGUGAAGGCUCAGUCGUACGUCGAGGCCAUCAACAGGAGCAGCAGCUUCAGCCAGACCCAGUGUGUGAGAGCCCAGGGUGACACAUCCAUGUGGCUGGUUACUGCUCUCAUCUCCUCUGCUGGCUUUGCUGUGGCUGCUUUAACCCUGCCUUUCCUCACCUGGAAAACAAGUAAAAUCUUUCAGUACUCCUGCUGCCCCGUUGCUGUCCUGCCAGACACACUGAAAGUAUCAGAGCCCUCCAGCCAGCUGAUAGCGUGUGGCAGUGAAGAAGCUGAGCAGUGUGAUCUGACAGUGGUUGUGAUGCCCUCAGAAGAAGUUCUCCGACUGUGGCUACAAGAAACACUUUAGAGCAGUCCAGAAAACAAACAGCCUCUUUGUAGCAUCUUCAUCCAUCUGCAUCAAAAGCAAGUAGAUGUGACAGCUGCCAGUUCUAUGCCUCCCCUUCACAUCCUUACCCAGGAGCAGACAUGAGGUAACUCAGUUCCCUUUCCCCCAUGGGUCGUCCUAAGGCAGAGCUCACCCUUCACCCACCAGGAUUUCACCAGAGCAAUGCAUUUGGAGCCCAGUGCCUUAGUUCCAAACCAUUUCAGCCUCAGUGUUUUGCCUCAGUAAGAGCUGCUUACAUUGCAAAACCAGCUGGGAUGAGCAGGGAAAAAAAUGUUUUUAGGGCUGCAGGCCCUGAGCUGAGGUGACACUCAUUGAAAAGGGUGUUGGCAGUGACUGAAUCCUGAUUUGCUGCAUGUGACAGAUAACAAUGUAUGGUGCCACCAAAACUUACAGACAGUGCCGUGAGGGAUGACUGGAUUUCACCAGUACUUAGGAGCAAGUGAUGUGAGAAACAUCCAGACUUCAGAGGUGGUUGCAGGGAGUGAUGAGAACAUUUUGGGUGCAGAGCUUUGCAAGAGCAGCAGCAUCACUAACAAUGUAUAGGUCCAAGAUCACCUAGUCAAAAAUAGGAACACCAUGUAUGAGUGAAGGAAAAACUAGGAGCUUCAGAAAAAAUAUAACUAGGAAUUAAUUGUUUAAGUGAGAGGGAGUGGAGGAAAAUAGGGAAAAGACCGAGAAAGGUAGGCUCAAGAAAUAGGAGAAGAAAUAAAAAGGGACAAAAGUAAGUGCAGAUCGUGGUCAGGAUUGCCCAGGGUGCCUGCUGGGCACCCCUGGGGUUCAACAGCAGGACAUUGACUGUGUCACACAAGGCAAAUGAUCUUCUGUGGUCAGGAGGGCCAGGCUAAGGGGCAACGGGCUAACAGAGGAAUAUCAGGAUGAAUGGAUCAAGCAUCACAGCAUUGUCAUGGUAGUGAUGAUUCCAGACCUGACAACAUCACUAUCCUCCAGAU